GCACUGACAUGAUUGGACACCGCUGACAGCAGUUUGAAGCAGCUGGUGCAAGCAGGGUUUCAGCGGAGUUGCUGCGCUCCUUGGAGCUGGGCGGCAAAAUGGCGGAGAAGAAGGUUUUCGCUGCCAUCGAGGCAAUUGAGGUGCAAAUGGAGGCAACCCACAAGAAGCGCCAGGAGCGUCAGGAGGAGCUGCUGAUGGAAUACCUGCGCGCCCGGCAGCCGCUGCUGGAGCGCCGGUAUGAGCUGGUCACAGGCAUCUCGGAGCCAAACGAGGACGAGCUCAAGGAGUUCCAGCCGCGGGGCACCGCCGCGUCCGCCGCCGCCGCCGCCGCCGCCGGCUCCCCAUCGGCCAAGGGCGCCGCCGCGGCCGCCAAGGGCGGGGCAAGCAGCGGCGGCGGCAGUGGGCGGGCGGGUGUGCCGUUCUUCUGGCUGAACGCGCUGUGCAACGAGGAGAGCCUGGCCCCACACAUCACACCGCGCGACCGCCACGCGCUCGAGUACUGCACCGACGUGCGCUACGAGCGCGGGCCGGCGGGCAUGUGCGUGGAGCUGCACUUCGCCAGCCCCAACCCCUACUUUGAGAACAAGGUGCUGCGCAAGGGCAUCUACGUGAAGCGCGCGCCGCCCAAGGCCGGCGGCGGCGGACCCGGAGACAUCAUCGAGGCCCGGGAGGAGGCCACCAUCAUCGACUGGCGGCCCGGGAAGUGCCUGCUGGUGGCGGCCCCCGCCCCGCCGGCGGCGGCAGCCGGGAAGAAGGGGGCGGGCGCCGGCGGGAAGGGCGGCAAGCAGCAGCAGCAGCAGCAGCAGCAGGCGGUGUCGGCAGGCGGCAAGAAGGGCAAGAAGGGCCAGCAGCAGCAGAAGCAGCAGGAGCCGCUGCGCUCCAAGCGCCACGGCAAGCACGGCGGCCCCGCGCCCGACCUGCCCGACCCCGAAGACGAGGAGGAGCCGGAGGAGGAGGAGGAGGAGGACGAAGGGGAGGAGGAGCUGCAGGGAGUGGAGGACCCCGUGGAGGAGCCCGGCGGCGGCAAGCUGCGGCCCUGCCCCUCCUUCUUCCGCUUCUUCCUCCCCCUGGAGGGGGCCAAGACCGGGGCCAAGCGCAAGGAGCUGGACCCCACCAUGGAUCCCGAUGACGACGACGACGAUGAGGAUGAGGAUGAGGACCUGGAUCUGGAUCCGGACUUCGAGGAGGGCGAAGUGGACGACGAGGAGGGGGGUGGCGAGGGCGGCCGCCGUGCGCAGCGCAUGGCGCAGCGGCAGGCGCAGGACAAAGACAUUCUGGACAUCCUGGUCAAGAAGGUUGUGCCGCGCGCCGCCAGCCUCUACCUGUCAGGAGGAGGAGCCGCUGCCGCCUCUGGCACAGCCGCCGCCUCUGGCGGCGCCGCCGCCGGCUCGGGCGGCCGUAAGAAGAAGAAGAAGACGAAGGGCGGCAAGCAGCAGGCGGAGGAGGAGGACGCGGAGGAGGAGGAGGAGGAGGGCGGCUUCACCCUGGUGUCGGGCAGCCCGGCGGGCGCGGCGGACAUAGCGGCGCUGCCGCUGGCCACUCAGAAGACGCUGCACGCGCUGGUGCUGAACCAGAUGCGGCUGGACGUGCUGGCUCAGCAGCUCAAGGCGGGCGAGUGGGCGGCGCUGGUGGCGCAGGCGGAGGAGGCGGCGCGGCUGGCAGCGCAGCGGCGGGCGCUGCUGGUGGGGCCGGCGGGCGCCACCUCCAAGCUGUCCGUCCCCGCCUUCUGGCUGCGGGCGCUGCGGGCCACGGACGCGGGCGGCAGCAUGUGCGCCCGCCGCGACGAGGCGGCGCUGGGCAGGUACCUGGCUGACGUGCGGCUGGUGUGGCAGGACCUCAAGGGCUCCGGGCCCUCGGCCGAGGAGCCCGUGCGCACCGCCACACUGGAGCUGGAGUUCCUGCCCGGCAACCCCUACUUCACCAACGCCGUGCUGCGCAAGCACAUCACCUUCCUCGCGCCCGGCGGCAGCCUCACCAAGCUAGGCGUGGAGAGCGCGCAGUCCGACCCCAUCGACUGGCAGCCCGGCCGCGACCUCACCGUGCGCGUGGACAAACCCAAGCCCGGCGGCGGCGGCGGCAGUAGUGGCGGCGGCGGGCGGCCGGGUCGCGCGCGGCCUGUGCCCAGCUUCUUCCACUUCUUCUCCAACGCGCCAGGCGCGCUGUGUCGGGCGUUCAACAUCCCCGGUCAGGGCCGUGCCGCACAGGCCGAGGCGAUCCAGGCCCAGGAGGAGUUCAUGGCCGAGGUGAUCAACCUGCUCACCUACUUCGCCGGGCGGCUGGCGGUGGAGAGCUAUGUGGAUGUGGAUGAUUUGGGCGAUGAGAAGGAGGACGAGGAGGAGGACGAGGAGGAGGAGGACGAAGACGAGGAGGAAGACGAAGAGGAGGAGGAGGAGGAAGAGGAGGAGGCGGAGCCAGGCACCGCCGCCGCCCGCCGCGCUGCCCGCCGCGCCGCCACUCGCUCGUCACGCCGCGGCGGCGGCGCGAGUGGCGGCGGCGGCGAGGGCGGCGACGGCGGCGGUUUCCUGGGUGUGCUAUGGCGGCUGAUCAAGGGCGGCGGCGCGGGCGGCGCACUGCUCGGCGUGUUCGUGAUCAUUAUGGUGGUGGCCCAGGUGCUGACGUUCAUGGACACGCUGGAGUUCGUGAGGUCGCGAUUCAGCUGGGCCGCGUGAGCGGGAGGCGGAGCAGGAGCAGGCGGGAGGAAGGAGGAAGAGGAGGCGCUGGCGGCAGGCCCGCGUGGCAGCACGCAGUGGCGGGACGGGGGCGGUAGUGGAAAUGGAAUGGGAAGAGCGCUGAAGCGGCUACGUGUCUGAGAUUGAUCAAAGAGUGAGACGGAUUGGGCGGCAGCGGCUGUGGAAGUGACUGGUUGUUGUCCGCAAGGGUUCUGUGGGACCUGGCUGGCAUGAUCAGGUAGGUUGUCAAUGCAAGUCUAGCAGCACACGAGACACAACCUGAAGGUUCUCGUGAGGGGUCCCGUUAUCAUUUGGCCGGGCCGGUUAUGUCGCGUGUCAAGGCAUUCAACUCCAUCCACCGUCGUCACGCCGCCACUUCCUAUUCUCUGGCUAACUCUCUCUAGCGUGUGAGCGUGUGUGUACUGGUGCGUGUUUCAUUUUGAAAGAGUGCGUCUUUGACCUGACGCGUCCAUUCUUCCCAUCCCUGGAAUCCUUCUUUACCUUUCCUUGCUAUCGUCUCUUUGUUUGGCGGUAAUAAGUCCCGCUGUACCUUUUACCUCACUCUCCCUUCUCCUCCUCUGUAUCAUUAUUCAGACGGGUGGAAUGGGAGGCCAGGGAGUCGUUUCUUCGCAUGGGUCCUCCACGGCCAGGGCCCUCGUGCCCGGGUGCCUUAGCCGGUGUGUAUGUGUGUAGCCGUUGCUUCCUCUGAGUGUGCUUCUUUCGGGUAGCGUGCUGCGAUGCUGGUGUAAAUUGCCCGGUGCUGGUGCUGGUGCUGGUGCUGGUGCAGAUGAGAUCAUGGAAGGCAGAUCCCUGCUGGUGAGGGGAGCCAUGGGCGAUGGGCUGUUGUUGUUGCUGCUGUGUGGCUGUUGGCCAGCUGCUGCGACUCAUCAGCCCCCAUGCCCCCGUGCGCGCCUGAGGCAAGGUAUUUGCUGCUGCCACUGACAGGUCUGCAUGUGCUGUGCGUUGGUGGGGGUGGGGACAGAGGUGGGAGGCACGACCGGCCUGGGUACGAAGUCACAUGUAAUUACAAUAACGA